AAGUCACAAGAGCAAGAACUUGGGGACAGCUGGGAAGCACUGACUUGGAGAAUCUCUUGGGUGAGAAAAAGUGCUGGGAAAAAAUCUCUAAUCCUCACCUGGGAAGCCUCCGCUCUGUCAAGACUUCACAACAGAGACUCUGCUGUGGUCUGAGUAAGAGCCUGAGCAGCUGGAAAUAUGUUUCCCCUUCCGCGUUUGUACCUCAAAAGCGAGCAGUAUGAACCAAUUCAAGCCAUUGUGAAAGAGAUUCAUGGAGAAGAGGCUCCAGAGUUAGACUUGGGAAAGAAGGUUAGCACUCCUCAAGACUUAAUGAUGGAGGAGUUGUCCCUGUCCAUAAACAGGGGAUCGAGGCUGUAUCAACAAAGACAGAAGAGAGUGCAGCGUUUUGUGCUGGAGAAUCCUACAGGCUACAGAGCUGCCUCCUGCAUGGCAAGUGGAGGCUCACACCCAGAAUACAAUGGAGUGGAAACAACCAAAGGAUGGAGGCUUGCUCACUCCACAGAGGGCAAAGAGAACUAUCAGAAUGACAUAAAUCACAUGGAGGCUUCUGGAAAGAGAGCACCUCCCCAAGUACCACAAAAAACAGACAAAGUCUUGAGGAUGAGCAAAGCCCUGAACCCCAGUGCAAUUGCUCCAGGCUAUUCUGGACCACUAAAAGAAGUUCCACCAGAGAAAUUUAACCGAACUGCAAUCCCCAAAGGUUAUCAGUCUCCCUGGGGCAGAUUCUUCUGCAAUGCUGAUCAAGUAGAUGUGGAAAACCAUUUGCCUGAACCCACAAAAGUGAAUAAUUUGGACCUUAGGAAUUUCAACAGGACUCCUACACCAUUUGGUGGGCCAUUACUGAUUGACGCGUUCCCUGGGUUUGAUGUAGUUGUGCCUCUGACAGAUGCCAUGAAUGAUGCGAUGCUACUUUCCGAGAGACCCAGCUUCAACAGAGCACCUCAAGGAUGGAUACAGGUUAUGCCGGAAUCAGAGGAUCUGUAGAGACUGCCUCAUAGUUGUAUCUCUUAUCCCAAGAUCAAUGCCUGCUUGACGCCCAGUCAUUAACAAAUAAUUACCAGAAGAGAAAAUUUUAAGCACAAAAUAAAACAAAUCUUCUCACAUCAUGAAAGUAAAAAAUAGCAGCUUUGGCUUAUUGCUUAUUGUUCAAUGCUCCCGCCUGGUGCCAUUUUGACUACAAACUGUAAUAAACCAUAUAGUUCAUAGUAGGAUGAUUGCUUAAAACAAGAAAGUAAAAUCAUUAAAUCCAAAGAACAAAAAACCCAAAACUUUUUAAAACGAACAUAUAUCUAGGGAUAUAUGAGAAAAUAUAGUAUCAUAGUAUAAAAGUAUGCAGGGCAUAUAAAGCCUCUCUGAUUGUGUUUACCUGUCCUAUCAGAUCCAGCAGAAGAGGCAAAGCUACAGGCCCCCAUUUAGAAUGCCAUCUGGCAAAAUCCAACAAAAGAGGUUUUCUCUCAUGCUGGCUUGAAAUUAGAUUUGCCCUCAAUAGUGGUAGCCUUUCAUACAGCUUUCAUGUCUUGGCUAUUCCAUCAGGAAUGAGGGUUGCAAUAUGUAACAGAGCCUGUAGAAUGAUUCUAAUGAUAGCAAAAUGUUUUUUUUUUUUUUAACCUUGCUACUGUUUACAGAUUUAUUGAGGUGUUAUUUUUCUUUUGUGAUCUGCUGAUUGCCACUCAGAUCCGUUUCAUUAGAUGGGUAGCUAUCGAAAUUGAAAUUAAAUAAAGCAGGUUGAAAUGAAAUGAAUUUCAU